CUUCGCUCCUCAAAAGCGCCGACGACCUGAGCAGCACGAGGCACGAUGGCGAGCUCGCUAUCCCAGCAGCUGGGGAGCAUACGCUCACACAAUGCCGACCGGAUAGGUACCGAGGUGUCCAAGGCGCGAGCGCUAUCGACCUCGUACCUGUUUCCGGCCAAGGUAGCCUCCUCGCAGGACCUCCAAACCGUCCAUGGUCUCGGCACCAAUGGGUGGGAAGAGCUCUGCCUUAACGAUGCAAAUUUGGAUCGAUGGGCUUCGACAGAACAAGGCAUGCUGCUUUUCGGGCCCUCCAGCAAAGACCUAGACAGAACCAUGGCCACCAAGGAGGAGAAUCAGCAGAUUGAUGCGGCCGUCAGCGAAUUCUUUGCUAGAGUCGGGGGCUCGCUCUUGGAGAGAAGCACAAGCAAAUGCAUUGAGUGGCUCGUCAGGAGAUUUAGAAUCAACGACUUCAACGUGGAGACGACAUUGUCCGCCUUCAUGCCUUACCACGAAACGCCUCAGUUCGCUCGCAUGCUCCAGAUUCUCAAGAUCCAACAUAAGCCACACCUGGCUUUCCUCCUUCCAGUCAGGAAACGUGCGGUAUCGCUCCCCUCCUCGGUCCUUAUCUCCACCCUUCUCGGUCCACCUCAGACGACGCCCGCUCUCGAGACGCUCAGGUGGAUUACCUCUCUUCCGUGUCUCGACGACGACGUCAACCCAAGCCAUGCUCUCGUCUCCUUUUGGACUUCGACGCUCGUCCGGGUCUGCGCUCGGUGGGCGGGCGAGGCUACCGACGACGUGACCCUCUCGAUGGGCCUCACGAAGGGAGGCUCGGGCAAGGGGAAAGGCAACAGCCAGGACAGUGCGCAGCUGAUUCUCAGUGUUCUUCUCCCUGUCGCUGUCGACUUGUCUACCUCGCUUUCGCGGGGAGCAGAAGCCCAGGCGGCCGGUUGCAUGGUCCUCAGUGCCAUCUCUGCGGCCUUUGACUUGAGCACAGAAGCUACGCACAGCGUAGUGAGCAGUCUGGCCACCGCAGCGUCGAAUAAGAACAUCGAAGGGGCUUUGAUCACUGCGGCGUUCAGCAUCGUGCAAUCUUCAAACGCGAAGAAAGAUUCGGGCGCGUUCCCGAUCCAGGCAGCUCGCAGGCUCGCACAACGACCAGGCUUUGUCGACAUCCUUCGGCACAACUGCAGAACUUAUCGCUUUGAAUCCUCGCUCGUUUACUUUUGUGAUGCUCUCGGCGAUGUCUUGGAGCAGCAAAGUGCGGAGAUGGCGUCCGAGGAAAAGGAUAAUUUGGGGCUACUUCUAGAAGACAUACUGGAUUUCGCAGACGCUGGCGUAAAGGUCCAUGUAUGCAAACGACUCCUUCGCCUUAUCGCACUCAAGAAGGUCCCCGAGAUCGUCGCUGCGCUCGCACGAUGCCGACAACGACAGCCCGCCAUCAUUGAUGAGGCCGUCAAACAGCUCACUUCUGGGUUGAACGCCGACAAGAGUGCUUGGUCUGCGUUGAGUGCCGUCAUGGCAGCCCAAGCAGGAGUUACACUCAAGUCUUCCAAAUCGACAAAGCUCUGGCUCGGCGUCAAUGACACUUCACCGAACAGCAGAAAGGUGGCUAUAGAGGCGAUGUACUCUUCCAUCGAUAAGGGCGAGACAUCGGUCACGGACCCCAUGGUCAAGGAGACUGUCGCAUCUCGGCUCAGCGACGACUCUGCCCUCGUCUUGUCUUCGCUCUAUAGCAGACCAAACGUGCUGCUUGCCAACUUGAAGCCAGAAGCGAUCGCUGAUGGUAUUGCUUCCUCGAUGUCUCUUAUGCAAAGAGAUAAUGAAGGACAAGCGAUUUUCGCCCAUGCUUCCUUUCUCGCUCAGCACGUUGCUGGUUCUUCUCUCAAGGCCGAUGGAACGAUCUUGGACGCACUAUGGCCAACAUUGCUCUGCAGCGAACACAACCACGAAACAUGCAGCAAGAUUGUCGACGUCCUCUCGGCCUUGUCAAAGAAGCAGUCGGACUCAUUCCUGUUCAGAGUGGCUGAUUCAAUCACAAAGACGACAAAGCGCAGCUUCUCGAGCAAAAAUUGGCAGCAAGUCAAUGCUGAUGUCGCGCUGGCAAUUGCCGAAGCUGUGUCCUCGUCAGAUGCUUCGUCGUGGCAAGAGCACGUCGACACCAUCGUGAGGCGGCUUGGACUGACGGGACGAGAAGAAAAUGUCCGAAGUCGAGUGCUGGCUAACAUGGUGCUCGGCAAGCUGAUAGAGGUGAUCGAGGUCGGCAAGCGGGGUCGACUGGCAGCAAGCAUUCUCAAGGACGACACACUGGUCGCGACCGCCGAGUCGAAAGAGGGAGCUUCGACAAAGGCAUUUGGAGACGACUUCCUGGCAAAGGUCUACAAGUUUACAAAACCGAAGCAAGUAUUGGCCUGGUCGCAGGCAAUCCUGCUCGUUCAAAUCGUAUCAGGUGUUCCCCUCGAAAGCAGCGUCAUGCUCGGUAGCACUACCGCCGACUUCAAAACGGCCGCACAACUCUACGAAAUUGCCAACUCUAGCUCCACGGACGUCAACCUGUCAAAGGACAUGCUCCAGAUCCUCUUCUCUCGGAUGGGCGAAUCCGCCCUCGUAUUUCUCGCCAAUAUCUGGACGUCCCAUCCCUUGCCCGUCGUCCGGUUUGCUGCGUUGCGCCACGGAAAGACCUUUUUGUCGGCUUUCGAUGAGACCACUCGCAAGAUUGAUUUCCAGACGAUUCUGCCGUCGUUCUUUGUCUCACUGAAGUCUCAAGAGGCAUCGAUCAGACGGGAAGCCAUUUCGUGCCUCGACCUGCUGGCCGCAGUCAUCGCAAAGGUUGUGUCACGCACCGAUUCAGCCCCAGUCGAAACAUUUGGCUAUGACUCGCUCUACGGCCAGAAGGCGUCCGAGAAUCUCAAAUACCUCGACGUUGCGGGUGCGAAGCGUUUGCUCGACCUCAUCAUCAAGAAUGCGACGGCGUUGCAGCACGAUGUUCGGCAUCUCGACACGUUGCUCAAAAACAGCCUGACGACGAGCAGAGGCGAAGCAAAAGCGGACUCCAAGUGGAAGCGUGCGAUUGUGAGCUUCUUGGGUAGCCACAUCGUAGCUUGGGGAAAUUUGGACGCCCGACUCCUCCUCCUUGAGGCCCUCAAUGGCGUUGUUGACGGAGGCAAGCUCGCGUGCUAUUUGCCCCUGCUUCAAAACCACAUCCAGUCCAAGGCAAACAAGACAGACAGAGCAUUGGCCGUACUCGGAGAGGCUGGUGCCGAUGCCUACUUGGGUUUCCUUUUCGGUGCCUUCGACCGACACAGCCGUCAAGCUCUCGAAUUCGACGAGGAUGGCGUCUGGACGCUAUUUAUGCAAGCUCUCGAGAGUCAGCAGGCUGGUGUCCAGAAGCACGCGGCUCUCUCGCUCCGUGAGCGUGUCUUUGGUUUGCUCAGCGACGAGAAGAGCAAGCAAGCGUACGAGGUUCUAUUAUUGUGCGUCUCGGACCCGGCGCGGAGCGUCUCUCCUGACGUUCGGUCUUCUUUUGCGUCGCUCAACAUCUCUCCUUCAACUUUCAUCUUGGUCGUCGGGGAACUUCGGAGGUCGAUUUCAUCCACUCUGUCGGCGGGCCCGCAUGCGAAGAAGGCCAGGGUUUCCGAUGCUUCCUCUGCGGGCGACCAGAUGAACGCAGCGUCAGACCGAGCAGCAGCCAUCCUCGUAGAGGUCCUCGAGGCGGCCUUGGCGCGCAAAGGUACAGCGGCGUCGGGUGCCCUUGUUGCAGAGCUCUUCGAGGUGCUUCGCGUUGGGACCGAAAUGGUCUUUGGACGCCUUGGCAAUGCCGAUUACCUGAUGCAGCUCUCGAUGAGCUGUUUGUCCAUGCUACUUGACGACCAAAGGCAGGGAAGCACGUCGUCGGGCGAAGUCAUUCAGAACAUCAGGGCCGACACGAUUGUCAAUGUUGUCAAGUCGUCAAGUAACCCUCAGACCUUCCAGCAGGCUCUCCUUCUCCUUUCAACGGUGGCUCGUUUGGCACCUGACACGGUUCUUCACAACGCCAUGCCUAUCUUUACGUUCGUCGGUUCGACUAUGCUGCAGCGUGAUGACUCGUUCAGCUUCACAGUCAUUGAGAAGACAAUGCGAAGCAUCCUGCCACCGCUCAUCGCCUCGAUCCGGAAGCGACUGUCGAGAGGACAAGACCGCCUUGCCCUCCUCCAGGAGUCCCGUAGCCUCCUCUGCGUGUUUACAGACGCAGCUACGCACGUUCCUCGCCACCGUCGGACUAUCUUCUUCCAGCUUUUGGUGGACAUUUUUGGGCCAAAGGACUUUCUCUCCGGGAUCUGCAUGCUUCUCGUUGAUCGACACGCUCGCAAAGUCUCCAAACAGUCAGCAGCAGACGCCCAGAACACGCUGGCGCUGCCUUUGCUCGUCAUUCAAGCUUACGACGCCCCAACUCAGCUCACUGCCCUCAACGACAUCUGGGCCGAGGUUCAGCGCGGCUAUGAGCACCGCAAUGACGACGCCGUCGAAGCGCGCUCACAUUUGUUCCUUGAUUCGCUCAGCAACGUCCAUAGCGAGCAUUCGGGCCACCGUCUCGAGCCGGCACGGCGCAUGCUGGCCCUGCUGAAGUUCAUCACCUUUGUGUCUGGUCAGCCGAGCUUUGCUGCGAAGGUGCAGGAAGAACGAGGGCUGGACGGCUCUCAAGUCAUCGAUGAGCCACUCGGAAUUUUUACGCAGCAUGCGAUUCAAACGUCGCUGCUGGGUGAUGCUGAGACUCAGCGCUGCUCUCGAGACGCACUCGACAAUGUCAUGUCGCUUGCUUCGGUCGACACGCUCGCCGAUGUCACGAUGAGGCUCCUCGGCGAAGUGGAGCCGAGCCGCCGUCGAAGCGGUCUCGACCUCGUUUCCGACUGCUUGCCCUCCCUCACCGAUGCCAGCCGACGAGAAGCGGCUUCCCUUCUGACGCCGUCGGUCAUCGAAACGAGUUAUGGGCUGCUUUGGAAAAAGGAGACGGGCGAGGCACUGCGGCUCUCGUGCCUUGCUGCUCUACGCGCUAUCGUGUCCGACUGUACCGCUUCCGAGCACAAUGCGCUUAGCGCCGGUGUUCCUGAUCUCGUCAGCCUGAUCAAGGCUGACGCAGCAUCCAUUGAAUUGCGACAGAGCAGUCUGCAGCUCUUGGCCGGCCAAGCGAGGAAGCUCGGUCCUCGUAUCAUCCCGCAGCUUGCCAUAAUCGUCCCGACCUGUGCCCUUCUGAUCGACGACGCGAUCAAAGGCGACGAGGCUGCUCUUGGUGUUCCGGCGAUUGGAGUGCUCAGCUCACUCUGUCAAGCUGUUCCCACAUUCAUGGUUGGGUACACGAACACGAUCAUUACGCUCGCAACCCGCGAGCCCAUCGCGCGCUUCCUCAUUGGCGAAGAGAUGACGUCCUCGAAACUUGCGAGCGCAUUCAGGAGCCUCUUGACGAUGGUCGCUCGACAACUACCCUUCGAGAAAAUUCUCAACGCCGUCGUGGAGCUGUGGCAGUCGACGAAAGACCAAUCAAACAAGUACAUGCACACGGCAUGUCUCGAUGUACUGCGAAGGUGCAUGCAAAGGACAAAGGCGUCGAGGGCCACGAUUGCGUCGACGUACAAGGCCGUGUUCCGCUUUUUGCUCCGAAUCCUCGACCUACGCCGGACGAUGGGUGGCCAAAUGGCAAUCGCAGACUUUGACGAGAUCGAGGCUAUUGCCAUCGGCGUCUUCAUGCAGCUUGUCCUUAAGCUCAACGAAUCAGCGUUCCGGCCUCUCUUCUUGCGUAUUCACGAUUGGGCCGCACUGGAUCUCGUUGAAGACGACGAAGAUGAGCGUCAGUCUGGCAAGGUGUGGGAUCACGGGCUGUGCGCCAGGCGGCUUGUCCUGUACAAGGUCACCAACGCGCUGCUGGACAGGCUUAAAGAGCUGGUCUCGUCGUACUACUCGACCGUUCUGGAUCUCUCUGUGGAGCUCCUCGACGCUUUUUCGUCGCUCGCCAAGUCCUCCGACGGCAUGUCGCCUUUGAAGCACGAGCGAGAAACUAUCCAAGCGCUGUGGUUGGAAGUGAUCUCGAGCUUCGAAAAGAGCGCCAAGUACGAUCGUGGAAGCUUUUGGAACCCUGCACGAUUCGCCAAGACCGUUCCCAAGGUUGUUGAUCAGCUCUCUCUGGCUCCCAUCUUUGUAUUGUCAAGCGGCAGCGGAGGCGAAACCAAGGCAGAAUCGGUAAUGACGACCAAGGGCGCCGAGUUGCUCGCUUUGACCAUCUCAAGACUGGCAAAGACUGUGCCGGACGAAACAUCCCUUAAGCUUGUCAACUCCAAGCUCUUGACGCAAUGUCGCAGAUCGGAUGAGUCACUGCUGGAUGAGGACGAAGACGAGGCAGAAGCGGAAGGAGGGAGCAAGAUCUCGAGGAACAGGAGAAGAUCCGCGAAAGUGGCGGCAUUGACCGCUACUACCACUUUGUGGAGCCAGGAAGCACUUGCACAGACGAUCCUCGGACUCGUGCCCGAGACGGUACCGCACAUUAGCGAGAUGCUCGACGACGAUGACGAAAAAGUUAGACACGAAGUCAGCAGGCUCGUCGAGGCCGUCGAGGGCGUCCUCGGUGAGCCAUUGGAUUCCUACUUGCAGUAGUGACAGAGCCGUAGAGGCUCGAAUUAUGCUGGCAAUUGAUAUCCUUUUGAAAUUUAGAAGUAGAAGUACCCAGUC